AUGGGACGCCUCAAUCGAUUCAGAAAAAGCGCCGAAGUUUGGAAUCCUCUAGGCCAUCUUCUCGCCGACGAUUUUCUUCCUCUAGCCGACGAGCUUCUUCUCGUCGAUGAUUUGCCUCCUCUAGCCGGCGCUGUGUUUCCUCACGAUGACGACGACAUGAUUGCUCUAACCGACGAUCUUGUUCCUUUCGUCGACGUUUUGCUUCCUGGUCCCGAAGUUGUUUCCUCCGGUGUCGAAGCCAGCCGACUCAUUCUCGAAGGCGGCAUGUCCAUGAAUGGGAUUCCGCUGGAUUUUCCUGUAAGGGCAUGGGACCCAUUUGUGCAGGCAGAUUCGCUCCCCCCUGCCAACGCAUAG